GAGAAUAAUUUGAUUGAAAUAUGUGUUUAUUAUGAACUUAUGCAAACUUCAAAUAGAGUACAAUGCGAUUAAAAGCUUAUGAACCUAUAGGAUCAUUUCAAAGCACACAGUAUCCACUGUCGGCGACAGCCACAGAUAUACUAAUUAAGGUAUCUCUUCACGACAGUCAUCCAAGUGUCCCAUUUCCAAUUCGCAUAUACGUGGAAGACACAACUGCUUGCGUUUCAAGGCUAAUACUUCUAAAUUUAGAUACAGGGUAUUUUCGAAAUGUUGUCAUAAUAUUCAUCGAAGCUUCCACGGGGAACUUUAAAACUGAAACUCAUCUUUUUUUACAAAGCUAUAUCCAAGUUUGCUUUCUUAACCUUGACGUCAUUCAAAUCAUGUCUCGUCUUCAAAGUAUACUUCUAGUAUCAUUCAUCGUCGCUAUCCUUGGAUCUUUCGUAUCUGCCACGCCUUUGACUGAAAGGUGGCAACAAAGUACUUCCUGUCAACAAUCUUGCAAGACAGUCUGUGCUGAAACUCAGAUUUGCUCGACUCCAACACCCACGCCAACACCCUCACCAACUGUGAGCGUAACUUCAGAGCAACAGAAUGUCUACCGUUGGGCUGAGACUUAUGGUACGGCAACUCCUACUCCAACACCAAAUUUAGUUUGCACAUAUGUUGCAUAUUGCACCCAGGUGUGUUCGAACGAGUGCCCAAGCCAAACUUCCGCCGCUACCACCUCAAGCUACUCCUCUUCGUCCCCUGAAGUUUCUACAAGUUCAACAAGCUCAUAUUACUAUAGUUCCAGUCAACAAACUAGUCCUUCCAGUUCGUCCUAUUACUACUACGGCGCUGCUUCUUCUCAAGCUGUAACAAGUCAAACUUCUGCAGCUUCUAAGACAACUUCUUACUAUAGUUCCAGUCAACAAGCUAGUCCUUCCAGUUCGUCCUAUUACUACUACGGCGCUGCUUCUUCUCAAGCUGUAGCUAGUCAAACUUCUGCAGCUUCUAAAACAACUUCUUACUAUAGUUCCAGUCAACAAACUAGUCCUUCCAGUUCGUCCUACUACUACUACUACGGUGCUGCUUCUUCUCAAGCUGUAGCUAGUCAAACUUCUGCAGCUUCUAAAACAACUUCUUACUAUAGUUCCAGUCAACAAACUAGUCCUUCCAGUUCGUCCUACUACUACUACUACGGUGCUGCUUCUCCUCAAGCCGUAGCUAGUCAAACUUCUGCAGCUUCUAAAACAACUUCUUACUAUAGUUCCAGUCAACAAGCUAGUCCUUCCAGUUCGUCCUAUUACUACUACGGCGCUGCUUCUUCUCAAGCUGUAGCUAGUCAAACUUCUGCAGCUUCUAAAACAACUUUUUACUAUAGUUCUACUGCAGGCACUCAGUCAACUCAAGUUGAGAGUGGCCCCUCUUCCAAUUAUUACGGAGCAGGCCAAACAUCCUCUAAGUCAACUAGUACCACUUCGAGUGGUUUCUAUGCUUAAUUUGCAGCACUAAAUCUAUCUCUUCGUUUCUUUUUUUGAUAAAGUUUUAAGAAUCUUCACUUGUGUGAAAAUUUUGCCCAUCGAUCAUCAAACCAAUUGCUCGCAUUGUGGCAAAUUGGACACGACAGAAACUCAUUGUGCCAAUUUUCCACUUGUGCCAUAUCACACAUAAACAAUCACUGUUUUAG